CAUCAUAAUCCAUAUCCCUCCUUCCUUUCCUAAAAUAAACCCCCAACCAAAACAAACGGGCCCUAGAAGUCUUUCAGCUCUUCCUAUUAAGAUUCUUUCACGUCCGUUGACCUUUUUGUUAUCUUCUCUCUGCGUCGCCAACGCCUCAUCGAACGCAACCAAAGCCUUGUCUUUCUUCGAUGAAGAGGACGUCUACGAAGCUCGGUGGUUCGCAGCUGAAGCGCAUAUUUGUUCAUCAAAGUGGACAUGUCAAACACCUUGAAAUGAAAUUAAAAGCAAUUAAACUUGAAUGUGAGCAUUUGAUAGUUUAUGCAACCAGGGUGAUAGAUAAAGCACUUUUGCAAGGGAUAAUCGUACCGAAGUUAUUCCACAGAUGGGUUGAGGAGGCAGAAGAAAUUGAACAUCAAGCAAAUGGAAUGUUAAAGUCUGAUCUAAAGAGUGUGAGUUCUUCAGUUAAAGGUGAGCUUCUGUCAAGUAUGUUCAACAAAAUUGUUGAUCACUUGAAGAAAUCUCCAUUUCAGCUUGAUCUGAUAAAUGUUGGACCAGUCAAUAUAACUGUUAAAUAUAGGCUCGUGGGAAAAACAAAGAUUGAUGACCAUGUAACAAAAUUUGAGAGCAAAGCUACUUCUGGUGUGGAAAGUGGGAUAUCACCUGCAAAAUUAAAGUAUGCUGAAGAGAGCAUGAAAGCUGCCCAGCUACCAGAAAAUCUGCAUGGUAAAGCAGCUGAUGCCUUGUCUACUCCCUCUAUUAGUGAAUUGUUUCCAAUAAUCAAAGAUGAAAUGAAAUCCAAAUCAGAAAUUGAAGAAAUUGAAGAGAUGCCAUUGCAAGAAAAUGAAGAAAGGACGGUUGAUGCUGCUGGAUGGACGAAGAGCAAAUCUACCUUGUCAGUUCAAGACAAACCUGAACCUGUGUUUGGAGUGUCACUAUUUCCUGGGUUGUCAACACUCCAAGAAAAGACAACUGAUGUUAGUGGUCCUGAAGAGUUGGCUUCUAGCUUAUCUGUUGGUGAACAUGAAGCGGAACAUAAAACAGAAUGUGAGAUAAUACGAGUUCCAGAAGAAGAAUCUGCUUUAGCAGCAGAGUGGACAUCACCUUUAAGUAUCAAAACUGAGGUAGAGCCUAAGACGAUGCCUCCUCCAGCUGCAGAGAAUUUAGCUCUGGAGGAAUCUGAAAUUGCAUCCAUUGCAUCUGAAACUGAAAGGACACUGUCAGUUUCCAGAGCAGAAAGUUUAGUCACAAUUUCUUCGGAAACUGAAGGCCUACCCAUUCUUGAAAUUGAAACAGAAACGGAGAUUACUGCUUCUGAAACUGAAAGAGAACCUCGCGUGAAGCCUGAACUGAAUGUUGAACCCCCAAUGUCAAUAAUAGCAUCAAUGAAAGGUAGAUGUGACCAGUUUUUCAACCUGCAAUUGUUGAUUGUUCAUGGUGGCCAUUCAACUAAAAUGCAUAAUGUCAUCAAAGAUCCUGGAUUUGGAAAUUUGUUGUUUGGAGAAGAUGAUUAUAUGGUUUUUGUGAGAACUAAUGAGAAAAUUGAAAAGCCACCAAAGCUAGAACUAGAUCAAGGCAAAUUUUCUGUUGGAGAAGAUUUGUUAUCUGGUUUAUUUGGUAGACCCAAUAUCUCUGAUUUUAUCUUGUUGUCAUCCGGACUAACGGAGCCACCAUCAGAGAGAGAAUGGCAACUACCUAGUGUGAUCGCCUUGAUGAAGAAUGAAUUUUCCUCUCUACCUAAGAAACUUAGUUGCGAAAACCUUGAGUUUUUGUUUCUCCAGAACAACAGGUACCUGAGAACAAUAGCUGACUCAUUUUUUGAUGAUAUGCCUUCCCUCCAAGUUUUGGAUCUAUCAAAAACUGGAGUUAGGUCCUUGCCACCUUCACUUUUUAAGCUUACUGGACUGCAUGCACUCUUUUUACGUGAUUGUAGUAAUUUAGAUGAACUCCCACCUGCAGUUGGAAAUCUUGAACGUAUUGAGGUACUUGAUCUCUCGGGAACAGAGGUUUAUAACCUUCCUGAUGAGAUUGCCAAACUGAAGCAUCUCAGGAGCUUGCCAGUCUCCUUUUAUGGAGCUUAUGACGAUAGUGAGUAUCUCAAGCUACCUCCUGUUUUGAUUUCCUCUGGUAUUAUAUCAAAGCUUCUAUCAUUGCAAGCUUUAAGUAUUGUUGUGGACCCUGUGGAUUGGAGAUGGAAGAAUAAUGCUAAAGCUAUGACACAAGAUGUGAGCGCCUUAAGUGAGCUAACUUAUCUUCAAUUCUACUUUCCAGAAGUUGAACUUCUCGAACUCUUUAUCCAGAAAAGUCUAUCGUGGAAAGCGGGCCACUUAGGCAAGUUCAACUUUGUUAUUGGCAAGGAUAUCAAACGCAUUGUAUCUCGAGUCCCAGAUGAUGUAGAGUCCGAUUAUGGUAAACAUGAUCAAUGUUUGAGAUUUGUGAAUGGCGAUGGAUUACUUAGAAAAGUUGCUGGAGUACUUGAACGUGUCGCAGCGUUCUAUUUAGACCAUCAUUGCGUGAUUGAGAGCCUUUCAGACUUUGGGAUUACUAAUUUCAAGGAAUUGAAAUUUUGUGUGGUGAGAGAGUGUCCCAACAUUGUGGAAAUUAUUGACGGCAAAGAAAGAGCUGACAGUGUAUUACCAUGUCUUCAACACUUGAGUAUGCAUUAUUUAUGUAGACUGGAGAACAUUUGGAAGGGUCCUGUACCGCAUGGAAGUCUUGAUAGGCUGAAAUUUUUGUCAGUGCACACAUGUCCAAAGCUAGAAUUCAUACUCAAUUGGCCCAUGCUUCAUUGUCUUUCUAACAUGGAGGAGUUGAUAGUUGAAGAUUGUUCAUCUGUAAAGGCGAUAAUAGAAAUGGAGGGGCAAACAAUCAACAAUGGUGCUAUUCUCCCUCAACUGAAAAGGAUAAAACUUCAUUAUUUACCUCAAUUGGUGAGCCUUUGGAAUGGUCCUGUACCCCAUGGAAGUCUUGAUAAUCUGAAGUCUUUGUCGUUGCACACAUGUCCAAAGCUAGAAUUCAUACUCACUUGGUCCACGCUUCAUUGUCUUUCUAACAUGGAGGAGUUGAUAGUUGGAGAUUGUUCAUCUGUAAAGGUGAUAAUAGAAAUGGAGGGGCAAACAAUCAACAAUGCUGCUAUUCUCCCUCGUCUGAAAAGGGUAGAACUUCAUUAUUUACCUCAAUUGGUGAGCCUUUGGAAUGGGCCGAAUCGAGUUUGGACCUUAGAGCCUCCUAGUAUUUAUGGUUGUCCAAAGCUGAAGAUAUAGCACAGAAUAUUCACGGGUUGAUUGCAACUGGGAAGGAAUGUGUUGCCCAGUCAUCGGCUUGUUUGAUGUAUACUUGUGAUGAUUUCAGAGAGUGAAAUUCAACUUUGUUGAUCGUCUCUAUAAUACUUCAAAAAUGAGUUUCCAGCACAUUGGUAAUCUUUAUUUUCUUGUUCAAUUUGCAAACUUCCCUUGGUGUGUUGAGCAAUGUGUAAUCUGCACCUUCAAAUUGGAACUUAAGGUCAAUUUUGUUCCAAAUUUGAACCGAGUUGACAUCUAGUUUUUAAAAUGGAGGCACCAAUGCCAUCCUCCCAAAUGCAGCAAUAAUGUAAAAUUGAUACUUUACAUAUGUUUAUUAUUAUUAUUAGUAACUGAUUGAAAUACAGUAGUACCUAGGAGUUUUCAAA